UUGACACGCGUAGAAUUUUGUGACCAGAAUGUGUUUCCAUUGUUCUUGCAAUAUUAUUCACAAGAAGUUACAGGGCAGUCGAAACCUCUACGUAUUACUGGUGAUCCUGAGAAGGUGUGGGAGGUAAGAUGUCUUGAAAUUGUGACCUUAUUUCUUCCAUUAUGGGUGUGUUGUCAUUUUACUAAUGUGAUGUUCAAUGUAAUGAACCUUCAGGUUGUUGUACCGCGUGCAAGUGUUGGCAUGAUCAUAGGAAAAGGGGGUGAGACUAUAAAACGGCUAGCUUUGGAAACAGGCACUAAGAUUCAAUUCAAGGCAGAUGAUGAUCCAUCAUCGCCCGAUAGAUGUGCCGUCAUUAUGGGAUCUCCCAACGAGAAAUUGCUCGUAACCUGUUUAGCUAGGCGCGAAACACAGGAAUGGAAUGUUGUGGGGCAUUCAUGUAUUUGUAAACACAUUGCUGAACUUCAGGCUUUCUACAUGCAUGUUCCUUCAAACAAGACGGGCCUCGUCAUAGGUAAAGGAGGGGAGACCAUUAAACAGAUCAACGCUGAAAGCGGCGCUCACUGCGAGCUCUCGCUGCGUCGGUUAGAAAAAUCCUGCGCUACUCUAACCUUGUUUUUUUCUGUUACAGGUGUUCAUCAUUCGCGGCACUCCGUUCCAAAUUCAUCACGCUCAGCAUAUUAUUCGUAUCAAGGUAAUGAAACGAUUUUCAGUGAAGGAGUCGUUUUUCUAACAUUUAUAGCAAUUUUAGCCCAGCAAACCGAUGCUGGCAACGGGUGGGCCAAUCAUGCAGGGCAGUACUAUGCUGGUGCAGCCGCAGCAGCUAGUGCUCAAAAUUCCUACGGUAGUAUGCAAAGUUACACCUACGUGCCUCAGUCAGGCGGUCAACCUGCAAGUGCAUCGCAGAGUUCGAGCACUACUUCAUCAGGACCCACUAUUAAUCCCCAAACAGGCCAACCUGACUAUUCCGCUCAGUGGGCAGAAUACUACAGGUUCGUUUUUUUACUGUGUUAA